AUGAUGCUGCUAAUCGUGAUCGUGCUUCUCACAUUUUCUACGUUUUCUUCAGUGGCGGGCUCAGAGGUACUUUGCAUGAUUUCUGAUAAUUUAGUACAUGUUUGUUUGAUCGCUGAACAGCGACAAGUUUUCUCACAUCUGCCCCGCAUAGUCCUUUUCAAUUGUUGAUGCUCGGCGAGCUGAUCUUGUCAUAGUCGCCAGCGACAACUAGUUGCACGCUUGUUUUGUCAAGUGGAUAUGCAAAAGUCGUAGUGAAAAGAAAUCUUGCGAUGUUCAGCCACUAUCACUAGGGAUUCAGUCUACGAAUCAAUACAAACUUUCAGAUCAAGCUAAACGCAACAACGACUGCUCUUGCUAAUGUUGAACCCGUUCAUAUUAGAGCGAAAAGACAGUGGGGAGGAUUUGGAGGAGGUUUUGGAGGUGGUUUCGGCGGUGGCUUUGGAGGAUUUGGUGGAGGUUAUGGAGGAGGAUGCUGUGUGAGCACCAUGAUCUGCUGCCAGAUGCCCAUGCCACCUCCGCUCCCUCCACCAAUUCCAGUCCCUGUUCCUGCUCCAGUGCCAGCUCCUAUUCCGGUGCCAAUGCCGAUGCCGAUGCCAAUGCCAGUGGUACAGUCAAUGCACAGAACCACUGAUUUUUUUCACUUCAUUUUUUUCAGCCUGUCCCGGUUCCCGUGCAGUCGAACUGCUGUAGUUGCUGCAUGCCUGUCUGUAUGCCGGUUUGUAUGAGAGGGUACAAAAACGUGCAUCACUAUAUUUGCUAAGCGGUUUUUCUUUUCAGAGGUUGUGGAUUUGGCGGAGGUUUUAGUGGCGGUUACAUGUCCGGCGGAGGAUGUUAUGGUGGUGGAUAUAGUGGUGGAUCAAGUUGCGGAUGCGGAGGAGGAUUUGGAUACGGUAGAAGAAAGAGGGAGACACUGCUGAAGAAGAAUGCUGUUGCCAUCCGCAAACCUAUCGAUAUGAUUGUCAGAGAUUGAGAUUGAUUAUUAUUCAACUAUUAUUUAUGAAUUCUCAUUAGCUUGCCAUUAAUAAACUCAUCAGUUUCAUUGAGUCCAGUUGCAAUCCGGUUAUCAUUCUGAUCCCCAAUUGUGCUUUUGCCCGCUUAUCCAUAUCGUUAUGCGGCACAAGGAAGAGUGUAAAAAACUCUCUGAAUGCCUGCCGAGAAGUGUCAAAAUCGCUGCCCAAUCGGAGCACCACUUGAAAAAUCGAGCAUAAUGACCGCGAUUUCCGGAUAUCGGUGGACAAUCAAGUGUUUGUGAAAUGGUGUUUGAUGGGCGCGAGUUCACAAAAAGUGGCCGCCGCCGCCGGGAGCACAAUGCAAGUGUCAAUCUCUAUAAAUAUAUGGGUACAAAUAGGAGAGAGCUGCCCACCGUGCCGGACAUUCUUUAGAUAUUCGCCUCGUUUCCACAGUUCGUUCUGUGCCAAUCCAAGAUUUGUGCUAUGAAGUAUCUUUUCGCUGCGUUUGCAGUGUUUCAGUUGACUUUGGGAGAAGAGGUAACGGUAGAGGUAGCAAUAAAACGGAAUGGUAGUCUGAUGAUUUUCAGAUGUCCGCAUCUCUUUUCAAUUCUCCGAGCAUUAAUGGAUCCUUGAUCCCCCGAGUCAGAUCAAAACGACAAUGUUGUGCGAUGUGCCCGUCAGGUAACUGUGGCUGUGGAUCUUGCAAUGGAUUCGUGAGUUGGGUACAGUUUACUUUUUCACCAAGAUAUUUUCAAGGUCACAUGCCCCGAACGGUGUCAACCAAUGUGCACGCAAGCCUGUGUUAUGGCCAAGGUCUCAUUUUUACUCAGUUCUUUCAGUUUUCAUUUGUUUUGUUCUAGACCUCAGUUUGUGUGGAGCAGUGCAUGCCAAAAUGUGAUUCCGCCUGUAUCAAUCUGGUGAAAUCGGUACUUUAUUCACCUGCUUUCAGUAGUUUUUCGAAUCCUGAUUAUAGGGACCAUCAUGCGGACAGCAGUGCAUGCCACUCUGUCUCCCUGCGUGCAUCAAUGCUAUCCAAGGACCGACUGAAUGCGCUCCGCAAUGCAUGCCAUCCUGUUCUUCUUCUUGCGUUCAGGUACGUUUUUCAUUUUGAAAUCAGUCAAGCGCCAGUUCUAGACCGUUUAUCCUAACUGUCCGCAACAAUGUCAACCAGUUUGCACGUCUCAAUGCAUUCAAUCUAUUCAAGUAGCCGUUCGACCAACCUGUGCCCCGUCUUGCAUGCCAUCAUGCUCCCCAUCAUGUGUACAGGAAUACGAAAUCAGCAUCAAGCAAGACUCUUGUUCUUCUGCCUGUAUGCCAUCUUGCACGCAGUCCUGUGUUCAAGCAGUAACAUGCAGUACUUGCACCAAUAACUGUCCAUCCUACUGCGCGUAAGUACAGAUAAUCAAGUUUCCAGAAGAAAUUCCUUUUAAUUUCAGUCAAGCCAGUUGCAUUCCUCAAUGUAUGCCAAGAUGCCUCCCUACCUGCAUCCAACAAAUUCAAAUCGCUGUUCCCAUAGCGGUAAGUUGAACAACGAACAACAAUCGUCUUUCUCUUCUUUCCAAACCUGUUCUCCCACACAAUUGGCCAUUAAACCGAAAAAAGUCACUUGCGCAAACGUGACUCAUGUUCGAAAUUGAAGUGGUUUUAUUGCUUUGAAAAACGCAAAGAAUUUUCAGCCACCAUCACCAAGAUGUGACUCAGCUUGCAUGCCUUCAUGCUCUUCUUCAUGUGUCCAGCAGUACUCGAUGUGUCCCCAACAGUGCCGACCAAUGUGUACCAACGCCUGUGUUUCAAACGUUCAGGUCACCCGAAAAAUCUUUUUCCAGCCUAUUGAAUCAAAUUUCUGUUCAGAUUGCCCGACCAAUGUCUCAGUGUAUGCCAGCUUGUAUGCCGUCGUGUACAUCAUCAUGUGUGCAGUCCAUGUGUCCCCAGCAAUGUUAUCCCAGCUGCGACGUGAACUGUGUACAACAGUAUUCCGUCCAACUUGCGCCUUCUCCAUGUGCGUCUCAGUGCAUGCCUCUUUGUGAAAGCGGCUGUCUAGCUAGGGUUGGAAACAGUCGCAACUCGACGUUUCACAAGAACAUUGUCCUUUUCAGCUCUCUUGUAUUCAAACAUGUAUGCCGGCGUGUAGUCCAACAUGUGUUCAGACAUAUUCACCGGCUCCAAUCAAAUGUGCUCCGGCGUGUAUGCCUUUGUGCCAACCAACAUGCGUGCAACAACGUAAGAAUGUGUGAGGGGUUUCAGAUUUGGAUCUGCAUGACAGUUACAGAGCAACGUUCGAUUCCCCCGCCUUCUCCUUCUCCUUCUUUUCAAGGGUGCCGGGCAUGCGAAACUAUGAAUAAUAACAACAAUUUCAACAAUUUCAACAGUUUCACCAAUUUCAACAAGAAUAACAACAACAACAACAACAACAACAACAUGUUUAACAACAGGGGCUGACCGCAGGAUCCUUCUUCAAGAAAAUUCCAUUCUGUGUGAUCUCCAACCUUUUUCCAAACCUGUUCAUUCUAAUUACUUCUUUUCCCCGUCAUUUCUAUCUUCUUGAAUCAAAAAGUCAGUUUGCAAAACAAAAUAUCUUUCGAAAACGGUUACGUCACAUCUAACUUUUUCGGAAAAAUCAGUUGCAGAUGCCGAAGUCGUUGUAGCUUGUGGAGUUCCAUGCCAAUGUCAGCCGGGAUACGUGCAGUGCUCUCAAAACCUUUGCUGCUUGAAGUAAUUCAGUUAUUCAUAACUUUCUCGAGUGGACUUUUCAACGUUUUACCCUUAAGGUACAAGAAUAUGGCUGCGAAAUUCCGAAAAUUGAAUGGAGGACAAAACUCGAAUAAUAACAAUAAUAAUGGGCACAACAACAACAACAACAACAAUAGCCAAGACGAGGAUGAUGACAGCAAUUCGGGCAGUUACACGGAGCCCAUGCACGAUUCUCCAAUGAGCUCCAAUUCCAAUUCCACAGGCUCUGAAGAGGUUUUUCUGCCUAAAACCCCUGUCUGAUGAAAAAACGCAAUUUUUUUUCAGAAAAAUAACAAAAAGUCGCCAUCAGUUUUUUCCAACACUCAAAUGGACUCGGACUCGUACGUGAAGGCUUAA